CACGCCUGAGCUCCUCCUCUCAUUUUCCUCUGCAAAGACCGAAAUUUCAAAGAACCAAAAGAUCGGUUCGUAAACUUCUUAUCGAAUUUCUCAUUCUCCGGUGACUUGCUACGAGUUGUUCAGAAUGAGCCGACCUCAAGAUCCACCACGCGGUUUCUUUCCCUUUGGAAACCCCUUCAGGAUGUUAUCUCCAAAGGGCUCAGAUUUGUCUCCAUGGCUGCUUUCUGUGUUGAAUGACUUUGAGUUGGUCUUGGCAGAGAGGCUGAAAAAACUUAUUCCCAAGAACAAGGAUGACAUCCUCACCAUAUCCUGGAUGAAGCUGGCUAUGGAGUCAUUGUGUGAGACCCAUAGCGACAUAAAGAUCCUCAUAACUGAUCUCCAUCUUCCUGUAUCUGAUUGGGAGGAUAAAUGGAUAGAUGUUUACUUGGACAUAAGUGUGAAAUUGCUGGAUCUCUGCAAUGCUUUCAGCUCGGAGCUCACACGCCUCAACCAAGCGCACCUUUUGCUCCAGUGUGCCAAACACAAUCUGGAAUCCAGUUGCUCCGAGAAAUACAUCCGGGCCAGGUCUUCGCUCGAUAGUUGGAGGCAACACGUUUUCUUGAAAAACCCUCGGAUUGGAAAUUGCUGUGCAAUUUUGCACAGUCUCGUUGAAUCCCUGAAUUUGCCCAAAGUCAAGAACUCGCCCAAAGGAAAGGUUCUCAUGCAGGCUUUUUACGGUGUCAAGGUUCAAACAGUUUAUAUAUGUAGUGUUUUUGUCACGGCAUUUUCUGGCUCAACAGAAGAUCUUCUGGCUUUGUCUGUUUCGGGAAAACCGCUGUGGGCAAAGGCGGUUUCUGAUCUGCAGAUCGUUGUUAAUGCAGAAAUCAGAAACAUAGUUUCCUCUGGUGGAGCCACAGUUCUAAAAGAGCUGGAAGCCAUUGACGGAAGUGUCAAGAAGCUAUAUCCCAUUAUCCAAGAUGGAAUGAACCCUAUCGAAGUGGAACCAUUUACGGAUUAUGUUCUUGAAAUGGGAAAGAAAGCGGAGGAAUUCUCUCAAGGGCUGGAUCAGCUAACGGAGGAAGUUGACGAGUUCUUCAAAAUAGUACUAAGUGGGCGAGACACGUUGCUCUGUAAUCUCAGAUCGACCGACUCGGCCUCUAACUCUGCAGUAGGAAGAAAUGAAGGGCAGAGGUGAGCUAACACCAACUGAAAUACAAAUACAGAGCCAAAGGGGUAUGAAAGCAUGUAUUGUAUUUGUCUCUAAGCUUGUUUGUAUUAGAUUAUGUUCUGUACUAAUUAACCUGCGUUGUCAGCUUUUAUAGAAAUAUCCUGAAGUUGGUUUAAAAAAUUAUCUCUUUUUAUUA